UCACAUCUCCGUUCUGCGCCUAUUGAUUCUCAUCUUGGUCUUGAUUCUUACUCGACAUAGUUUUUGUGUAUCGGCAGAAAUGGCGAGUCAAACCCAGGGGAUCCAGCAAUUGUUGGCUGCUGAGAAGAGGGCGGCCGAGAAAGUCUCAGAGGCGAGAAAGCGAAAAGCGAAACGCCUAAAGCAGGCCAAGGACGAGGCCCAGGAUGAGGUGGAGAAGUACAGACAGGAGCGCGAAAGGCAGUUCAAAGAGUUUGAGGCCAAGCACAUGGGCACCCGAGAGGGAGUGGCCGCCAAAAUCGACGCCGAGACCCGAGUCAAGAUCGACGAGAUGAACAAGAUGGUGAAGAUCCAGCAGGAUGCGGUGAUCCAAGAUAUCCUCAGCCUGGUGUAUGACAUUAAGCCAGAACUGCACGUCAACUACCGCGCUAAGUAAUAAACUAGCCGUUCUACGUUAAAUUAUCGCAUAAAUUAUUACUACGCGAGCGUCAACCAGUUACCCGCCAUUUUCCUAACAGCUAUCACAGAUAGCCGCCAUCUUAUCUAAUGUGACAGCUGUCUGUCUGUUGUCAGACGCCAUCUUGAAAAUUAAAGCAUCAAAAUGGCCGCCGCUGUAUAUACAACGCUUGGGUUUACGUAUUUUAAAAAUAUUAAAGUUUAGUGUUUGGAAUCAGCUCGAUAUCAUUCCAUGAAAUAUAUUCGGAGAUCCGCUACGAACUUCCCAUGUAUGUUCAAUGUUGUAUGUUAUUUAGAAAUAUAUAAUGUUAAAAUAAAAGGAUUUUUGAUUUUUGUGUAGUGGAAUGGAAACUGGCCUGUACAGUAUUAGAGCAAAUAUAUUGAUUUACGUUUA